AGAAAUCAAUGCAUACAAGUCACCAUGAAGACUUCAUCACGACAGUCCCAAACAAGUCCUGUCCUCGUGACACCACAAUGCUCCUCACCAAAUCAUGUCCCCCAGGCUCCAUUGGAUUGGAUGUUGCCUGAAGGGCUGACGCUGUCGCCACAGCCGCCAGAGCCCAGACAACCAGCUCUACCACCAGACCCACCACAGCUGCCAACAAUAGACAAUGAGCUCCCCUCUGACGCUAGCUUUCUCAUGAUGAUGUCCGGCACCGGCUUUCUGAGGGAUGCACAACAGAACACCGCAUGUGACAGCGCACUCAGUCAGCAUGAGAGCAGCAAAAGCAUCGACUACGUCUCGGAACGAAAGUUUAUUGUUUUCGAGUCUUGUUUGGACGAGCUACUGGAAUGUGCAACAAUGGCCACCAACACACCUGGACCAGCCAACCACCAGUGAAUAGGAGGGCCCUAGGCAAUGUGCUCCUAGCUG